AUCCUCCAUUCCCUUAUUGCUUUCACACACACACUCUCUCUCUCUCUCAACAUUUUUGUCGUUAUUUCUCUUACAUCAUUUUCAGGCACGGCUAGAAACGAAGUGCGCGACCGACCAUGGCAACCCUUUCGCUGUUAUUCUUUCUCUCCCUCCUCCUCAUCUCCGCUUUUAACUUUGCAGAAUCUCAAUCAUUCAUUGGUGUGAAUUACGGCCAAGUUGCCGACAACCUUCCACCGCCGCCGGCGACGGCAAACCUCCUCAAGUCCACGACUAUUGGGAAAGUCCGUCUCUACGGCGCCGACGGUGCUAUCAUCAAGGCCCUCGCUGGAACCGGCAUUGGAAUCGUCAUCGGUGCUGCCAACAGCGAGAUUCCGGCGCUGGCCUCCGACCCGAACGCGGCGACUGGAUGGGUGAACUCGAACGUAAUCGCCUACUACCCAGCCAGCAACAUCACGCUCAUCACCAUUGGCAACGAGGUGAUGAUGACCAUGGAUCAGGGCUUGAUUUCUCAGCUCCUUCCGGCCAUGCGGAAUGUCCAAAAUGCCCUCAACUCGGCAUCCCUCGGAGGCAAGGUCCGGGUCUCCACCGUCCACUCAAUGGCCGUGUUGAGUCAGUCCGACCCGCCCUCCUCCGGGUCGUUUAACCCGGUGUUCCAGGACCCGCUCCGAGGGUUGUUGGCGUUUCAGAAGGACAAUGGGUCGCCCUUCACGGUCAAUCCCUACCCUUUCUUCGCAUACCAGAGCGAUCCGAGGCCCGAAACGCUAGCGUUUUGCCUGUUCCAGCCUAACUCCGGCCGUAUUGACUCGGGAAACGGGAUCAAAUACAUGAACAUGUUCGACGCUCAGGUAGAUGCUGUACGGUCUGCCUUGAAUGCAAUGGGAUUUAAAGAUGUUGACAUUAUGAUUGCUGAGACAGGUUGGGCGUACAAUGGGGAUAACAAUGAAGUCGGCCCCAGUGUUGAAAAUGCAAGGGCCUAUAAUGGGAAUUUGAUCGCGCACCUUAGAUCAAUGGUUGGGACACCUCUAAUGCCUGGAAAAUCUGUGGAUACAUAUAUCUUUGCCCUGUAUGAUGAGAAUUUGAAACCUGGACCAGCCUCUGAACGUGCAUUUGGGCUUUACAAGACUGACCUUAGCAUGACUUAUGAUGUUGGUCUUUCAAAGACUAGCCAGACUCCAACCUCUACUCCAACCAGCCCAUCUCCAGUCAACCCGUCUCAUAAACCGACUGCAGCAGGCUGGUGUGUUCCUAAGGCUGGCGUUUCCGAUGCUCAAUUGCAAGCAAAUCUUGACUAUGCCUGCGGCCAAGGCAUUGAUUGUGGCCCGAUCCAACCAGGAGGCGCCUGCUUUGAACCAAACACUGUAUUAUCACAUGCUGCUUUUGCCAUGAAUCUUUAUUUCCAAACCUCUGCAAAGAAUCCAGGGAAUUGUGAUUUCUCACAAACUGCAACUAUUACAUCCACAAAUCCUAGUUACAAUGCUUGCACUUAUCCUGGUGGGGGUACUUGAAAGGCAGGGAAAUCCCAUUAGAUGUCAAAGAAGAAAUUAAUUUUUAAGCCAGAUUAAUGCUACCGGUUACUAAUGAUUAAAGCAAUAAUAAGCGUGUGCCUUUUUCUUGAUUAUCUCUUUAAUUGUAGAGGGUUCUUACUUUAGUUUUGGGGUAUAUAUAAUAUAUUGGUGUAACUGUCUCUCUAUCUCUCUUCGUACGUACUUAUUCUUGGUUCGGAAAAGUAAUGUUAGGUUGGAGAGAAAGAGAAGCGUGAGAUAUAUAUGGUACAAUUGUCCUUGAGGAACUUUAGUGGCUACAAUGAAUGUUAUUUUAAGUUUGUGCAUUUGUA